AUUUAUUAUAAUUGUAGAUGACAGCGGGUGAAUUGAAAUUUGCCCUUAAAGUAGAAUCAGUUCUUAAUUCCUUACCUGAUCCAGAGUAUCGUCAGUUAGUGGUUGAGGUUCUUAUGCUCACUGCUCUCAUUAAUCCCGAGAGACCACUCCCACAAAUUGUGAAUGUAGACGAUGUUAUUAGAACUGCUAACUUUCUUUUUGUUGUUGAUCAGAAAGAGUGCAAUGGAUUGGCCAGUCAGUGUUGUGGACAAAUCAGAGGUUCCUGUGAAGCCUACUGGGCUAUCUGCAGUCACUUUUAUGACUCUGCCCCCAGUGGAGUAUACGGUACAAUGAGUUACCUCUCGCGUGCUCUGCUCCAGACCAUCCAACAGAACCUACCAAGAGAUUACUCGUGCAAAAUCAGUUGAUGUUUGUCUCAGUGUGUGCAUGUCCCUAGACCAUAUAAUUCAUGUUGUUUUCAUUAUUCAUAUUAUUAUACUUAGAUUAUUAUAUAUCAGGUUUGUAUACUUCAAUGUUGCA